ACCUCACUUGUUAUAAACUCUCACCAUACCAUACGAGACCAGAUCUUCAUCCUUCUGUCUCUCACUCAUUUUGCCACCCAAUUACAGCCCUUUUCUCUUUUCUUCUUUCUCUCCCUCCAACACAAAAUUAAUAAUUAAACACGCACGAACUCCUUCUCCUCUGGUAUCAAACCAUAACCAUGGUUCUUACUUCUUAGAGAGAGAGAGAGAGAGAGAGAGAGAGAGAGAGAGAGAGAAGAGAACAUGCACCCUUUCUCAUCCAUUUAUGUGACACUACUUAAAAGUUUUGUUCUUUAACUAAUAUUAUCAACAGAAACAAGGCUUCCAAUUUGAACCCAAACUUUCCCCACUAAAUCUUGAGGGGUUGGUUGGAGAACUUUCGGAGAUGACAACGUUCAGUGUACCACCACGACUGUCGAUGUGGCGUGGUUUAACUUCGGAGUUUGAAUCUGGACCAGCAAUAUCUAUGUCUCUUGGGAAGCUAAGGUUUCUGACUAUGGUCGGGGAAGAUAAAUGUAAUGCAAUUGGUAAGUGUAAGAGCAAGCUUUAUCAUGGACCCCAUGUGGGAUUGGUUCUAAUUUAAGUAAAUCGUUCUAACUAGGAAGAGAUCUCCACCAGAUGUCAACCAUUGGGAAUUCAACAAACAUUACAUGGCACAAAAGCUCAGUGGAAAAACAUGACAGGCAAGAGUUACUUCAGCAGAAAGGCUGUGUCAUAUGGAUUACUGGUCUUAGUGGUUCAGGUAAAAGCACAUUGGCGUGUGCUCUGAGUCAUGGCCUGCACUCAAGAGGAAAGCUUACUUAUGUUCUUGACGGUGACAAUGUUCGACAUGGUCUAAAUAGUGAUCUUAGUUUUAAAUCAGAAGAUCGUACAGAAAACAUAAGACGUAUUGGCGAGGUAGCGAAGUUAUUUGCAGAUGCUGGAAUCAUUUGCAUUGCUAGUUUAAUAUCUCCAUACAGAAAAGAACGAGAUGCCUGCCGUGCACUAUUACCAGAAGGAGAUUUCAUUGAGGUAUACUUGGAUGUGCCACUUCAAGUGUGUGAAAGUAGAGACCCGAAGGGUCUUUACAAGCUUGCACGUGCAGGAAAGAUAAAAGGUUUUACAGGGAUUGAUGAUCCGUAUGAACCACCAUCAAAUUGUGAGAUAGUCUUGAAACAGAAGGCAAAAGACAUAGUUUCUCCAUGUGAAAUGGCCCAAACAGUGAUAUCGUACUUGGAGGCAAAAGGGUAUCUGCAGGCCUGAGAGUCAAACAGCAAGAAGGCGCCACUACCUGGUUUCCAAAGCUAUUGCUUCCCCAGUAUAGGAAAUUCCUCGUUUCCUACCAUAUCUGGUUCCGGUAAUUAAUCGAUCAAUUAAUUUGUUUUAAUCUUUGUAAGUCAGUUUGUGUUGUGGUUAGUGGCUCCCUAUUUUAUAUUAGUAAUACAUCCCAACUAUCCAAUUGAAUUCAUAUAUGGCAAAAGGAGUUUCAUCCCACUUCAUUGCCAUAUAAAAAAGUUAGGGAACAAUAUUUAUUCUAGCAAAAACAAAUAAAAGGAACCAGGGGGAAGGAAUUGGCUUUGUUCUAUUGUGAAUUAUAUCAGUUAAUAAAUGAAUUCUAGUAAAUGAGUGAAGUUCUUGCUAAACAUUUGUUGAUAUGAGUAAUGUAAAUGCAUUGAUUUGAUUGAUCAGUUCUGCCAUUUUAAUAAUGAAAAAUAGUUAGCAGAUUGAUGAACCUUGGUUAGUAAUUUGUGGCUCGGUUUAUUUGAAAAAGGACCUGAACUACUGUGCUUUGGGCUAUACUGAAAAUUGAAUUAUAUAUUCUGCUAGAGAUGUUAUAUGAGAUAACCUCAGAAUGUACUGCAUUCUACACUUGCUAAAGCAAACGAACAAUGCUAAUUCUACUGAGCCAAAUACAUAGAAAGUUAUAACUAAGAUCAUACCUUAGCUUACACUGAAUGUAAGUUUCUCAAGUAACCAGGAUAAUAGAUUCAAUUAUAAAGAAUGGAACAUCAGAUGACCUUGGCAAAAACCCUUCUUCUGCUUGUCUAUAUCUUUAUGAAUAGGCAUAAGGCAUAGCAGAUAAGAAAUCCAGUCCUCUGUGACGACGAAGGGAGAUAAAACAUAGCAUCAGUGAAGUGGUUAUGGACACCAUAACUGAGCUCACAACAUCGAAAGUGAUCGAGAAUCGUCUCUCCUGAAGACCCCAAAUUGUCCAAAGAAACAUUUCUAAGCGAUCCAUCCACUUCAGAAUUCCUUGAACUAGCAGAAUGAAACACAGAAGAAGGUGGAAAGAUGAUUGAAAAGAAAGACCAAAUACACACUCCAAGAUUGCAAAAACCAAUCCUUUUCCACUUAGAAGUGAUCUGUCUAAGCAAGGAAU